ACACCAAUGGUUGUCUGGCGUUAUGGGGGUAAAAGCGAGAUCCCUAGAUAAUUUUGAGUCUAAUAUACAUAUACACACACACACAUAUAUAUAUGUAAUAUCAAUGUAUACUAUACUUUAUUUAACUCAAAAUACGAUAGAAGAUAGGUAUUACGAAGUAUGUGCAUAAAUUAGAGGUUACAGAAUUAGGGACUAGAGUUCACCUAUUAGAGGUUAGGGUAUAGUAUCAUGCCCCAAAAAACUCCGGUUAAUUCGGGUCUAAAUAGUAAAACUCAAUGGUCGUAUGGUAGUAUGAACACAAGAGUAUAGCGUACUCCUAGCGCACGCUAGCUUGAACUAUAUAUAUGUGUGUGUGUGGUUCAUGUUGGCGUACACUAAAUAUUAGUGUUGUGGUUGACAAAUUUUGUCAUAAGUUCUAAAUGGGACGUGACAGCGGCAUAAUUUAUGAUUCAAAAACCGAAGCAUCACAAGUGAGUGUGCUAAAUAUUGGAAAUUUCAAUAUAGACAUACUACAAACUCUGUUAUAAAAUAUUUAAAAGAUUAAAAAAGAUUUAAACAUAUAAAUUAUAAAAUAAACCUCUCCGGCCAACGGGCCGGGUAAAAAGCUAGUAAUGAUGAGCGGUGGUUGUGCAGCUGAUUAUUCUACCCAUUUGAAGUGAGGGAUAAUAAUUUUAACUAUUAAUCGACUUAAUUUUGAGAGAAAUACUCGAUUUUGAAAUGGUAUAGCACAAAAUGGGAAAAUGUUGCAGUCACUAGACUCACUACAUCCUUUAAAAUGAUGCUAUGUACUGAAUUCCUCCAGAAGGCACAAUGCCGUAUUUUGUGAACUGCAUCAGUUGUGUAUGAUAGUGGAACUCGUAGUUGUAAGUAGUCUGGAUAAAUAUUAAAUUAAAUGAAUAUUAUGGUUUGGGUUAGAGAGUGAAAACAAUACGUUGUUCACAUAUUAUGAAUUAUAUAAUAUCAUGUGCCAAAUACCAGACAUAUGCUAGCGUGAAUCAUACAUGAAUGUGUGUAUAUUCUAUAUACACAGUUUAGAUUAUUAAAAUUCCUCAAUCUCAAAAGAACUCUAGUGUAAAAAAAAAAAUAUUAGACCAUUAAUCGUACAUAAAGUGAAUUGCUCGCCUUUUCACUUAUCUGACACAACUUGCUGCAUAAAAUAUAUCACAAGUAGAGGUAAAAAAAAUAGAAUAUCAAAAUUAGAAAAAUAUCAUGUAAAAAAUAGGAAAAGAAAGAUUCAAGAUUCAAAAGAUACCUUGUAUAGCUUAAAAUUAGGUGCCAAUUUUUCCCAAACAAGGUUUAACUCAUCAGUUGAAUCUAAAUCUAAAUUUGUAUCAACACAGAAUCUACGUCCGAACGAAUUUAUUGACUUAAUCAACCAAACAACAUUAGAUUUUUUUUAUAAAAAAAAUAUUUUAUGGAAUGUUGCUUUCUUCUUCUUUUCGCUCUCAAAAGAGUGAAAAGUAAAUAGAAAUUAAUUUAUAAAACCGUUCUAAACAAAAUCUCUAACAGAAGUCCCCUCUGUCAAAAAAACAAAAGAAUCAAAGAAACUGUUGAGAUUCACAUAAAUCAACAAUAAUAAUAAGUUAAUAAUAACAAAUAAUUCAAAAUUAGAAGGGAAAAAAAAAAGCUCUGAGUCGUCUCCUUCCCCUCAGCCUCCUAUAUUUUGACCCUUUCCCUUCUCCAAAAAACCCACUCACUCCUCGGAACCUCCCCAAUUCAAUCUUUCUCUCACUCACUCCCUCUCCCUCUUCCUCCGUCGCCACCGCGAUGGCUUGCCCAGUCGACGAGCUGGCGCGGCUCCUCGGCCCCAACUCCACCGCCGCCGCCUCCUUCAUCUGCGACCGAUUCACCGCCGCCUCCGACAACUUCACCGCCACUCAGUACGCCGUCGACAACACCUACCUCCUCUUCUCCGCCUACCUCGUCUUCGCGAUGCAGCUCGGCUUCGCCAUGCUCUGCGCCGGCUCCGUCCGCGCCAAGAACACCAUGAAUAUCAUGCUCACCAACGUCCUCGACGCCGCCGCCGGCGGCCUCUUCUACUACAUGUUCGGCUUCGCCUUCGCCUUCGGCACCCCUUCCAACGGCUUCAUCGGCCGCCACAAUUUCGCCCUCGGAUCUUUCCCUUCCUCCAAUUUCGAUUACAGCUAUUUCCUCUACCAGUGGGCCUUCGCAAUCGCCGCCGCCGGAAUCACCUCCGGCUCAAUCGCCGAGCGAACCCAAUUCGUCGCAUACCUAAUUUACUCCUCCUUCCUCACCGGAUUCGUUUACCCAGUCGUUUCCCACUGGUUCUGGUCCCCCGACGGAUGGGCCAGCGCCGCGAAAUCCUCAGAUCUGCUUUUCGGGUCGGGCGUGAUUGAUUUCGCCGGGUCGGGCGUCGUCCACAUGGUCGGCGGAAUCGCGGGUCUCUGGGGCGCUUUAAUCGAAGGCCCCCGAAUCGGGCGGUUCGGCGGGUCGGGUCGGUCCGUCGCGCUCCGCGGCCACAGCGCCUCCCUCGUCGUCCUCGGCACCUUCUUGCUCUGGUUCGGGUGGUACGGGUUCAACCCGGGUUCGUUCGCCAAAAUCCUCGCCCCGUACCCGGAUUCAGACGCCUAUUACGGCCAGUGGAGCGCGAUUGGGCGGACCGCCGUGACGACGACGCUCUCCGGCUGCACGGCGGCGCUGACGACGCUGUUCGGGAAGCGGGUCAUGUCGGGUCACUGGAACGUGACCGACGUCUGCAACGGGCUUUUGGGCGGGCUGGCGGCGAUCACGGCGAGCUGCUCGGUGGUGGAGCCGUGGGCCGCCGUGAUCUGCGGGUUCGUGGCUUCGCUCGUGCUCAUGGGCUGCAAUAAGCUGGCGGAGAAGCUGAAGUACGACGAUCCUCUGGAGGCGGCGCAGCUGCACGGCGGUUGCGGGAUGUGGGGGGUGAUUUUCACGGCGCUGUUCGCGUCGGAGAAGUACGUGGCGGAGGUGUACCCGAGCGUGGCGAACAGGCCGUAUGGGCUUUUUAUGGGCGGCGGGGGCAGGCUGCUGGCGGCCCAUUUGGUCCAGGUGGUGGUGAUUGUGGGCUGGGUCAGCGCCACGAUGGGCCCGCUGUUUUAUAUACUGCACAAGCUGAAGCUGUUGAGGAUCUCGGCGGAGGAUGAGCUGGCGGGGAUGGAUCUGACGCGGCACGGCGGGUUCGCUUACGCGUACCAUGACCAGGAUGACCCGGACCAGAAGGGCGGGUUUCCGCUGAGCAGGGUCGAACCGGCGGCCACAACUCCUCAAAGUGUUUAGGGCGUUUUUUUCACCCUCAUUGGGUUUGGGAUUUUACUAAUUAUGGGUUAAUUUUUGGUUUAGGAAAAGUAUUGUUUGUUCUUUAAAGUGGGGGGUUUGAAAUUUGGAAUGUUGAAUGUAAAGUCAGUUCUGAGGGUAUGUGGGUGGGAUGUGGAUUGUGAUGGGUGGUGUGGUAUUAUUGUUGGAUAUUUGGGGGAAGGUUGUAUUUUAGCUUUGGUUCUUAUUAUGAGUCAUUGAAAUUGUUUUUAUUUGGAAGGAUGAGAACUCUGUCAAUGCAGUUAAUUAGUUUCUAUAAUUUAGGCAUUUGUUUUAAGUAUCAUGCCAUCAGUUUGGUUGGUGUGCUUACCACCGGGAGGGGUUACGGUGCUAAUUGUACAAUAGUUAGCACCGUCCUAAUCAAGGGAAAAACUACUACUAGUUUGAAUUAGUAGUGAUUUAGCUUAGAUGUUGUAUUGAUUUUAUAAUAAUUCGUAGUGAUUUUUGCUAGUUAUCACGGUGCUAACCCCUAUAAGGGUUAGCACCUAAUCUCAUCCCGCUUACCACCACUAAAUUAAGCAGUUAUGUAGUGGUAACUGACAAUGUAACUAGCUGUCACUUUGAUUCAUCGUAGGGUAAUUAAGACGGAGAAUCCCAACAACUAAUUAAUUAAGGUUUGGUUGUGGAAAUGUGUACUGCAAAUUGGGUUUAAUACUUUAAAAAAUAAAGUAAUUGGGUCUAAUUCUCAUAUUCGUAUGACUAAACGCAUGCGAGAAUUUUACAAAAAAACCCACAAAUGUGGGAAAUGUAAAUUUUGUACAUGUAUAUCACAUUCUCGUGUUAGUUCAUUUUGUUAUUGAGACCAACUAGUUUAUGACAUGGUAUCAGAGCUGGUUGGCCAAGUGGUCGUGUGUUCGAAUCUCCACGACCCCCAAUAUUAACAGUUUAUUAAAGCACAAGGUGUGGUGGGCCUGUGCAAACUUAAAGUCCAUGGAAUGGCUUUCGUUUGAGGGCGCGUGUUAGAGAGUAGUAUAAGACCCAACGUAACCUUCUGCCAACAACUCCAGUUAUUGGGAUCAACUGGUUGUUGACAUGGUAUCAGAGCUGGUUGGCCAAGUGGUCGUGUGUUCGAAUCUCCACGACCCCCAAUAUUAACACUUGAUUAAAGCAUAAGCCAUAAGGUAUGGUGGGCCUGUGCAAACUUAAAUCCCAUGGGUUGGUUUUCGUGUGAGGGCGCGUGUUAGAGACUAGUAUAAGAUCCAAUGUAACAUUCUCCCAACAACUCGAGUUAUUGGGACCAACUGGUUUAUGACAUGGUAUUAGAGCUGGUUUGGGCACGUGGUCUUGUGUUCGAAUCUCCACGACCCCCAAUAUUAUCAGUUUAUUAAAGCACAAGAUAUGGUGGUCCUGUGCAAACUUCAAGCUCGUAAGUUGGCUUUCGUUUAAGGGGACAUGUUAGAGUGUAGUAUAAUAUCCAACAUAAUUAACCUUCUCCGAACAACUCGAAUUAUUUAAGUUGGCUUUCGUUUAAGGGGACAUGUUAGAGUGUAGUAUAAUAUCCAACAUAAUUAACCUUCUCCGAACAACUCGAAUUAUUGGGACCAAAUAGAUACGGUUUCUGACU